GAGACAGCUGCGCCAAAAUGCUCAUCGAACGGCUUACUCGCGAGCUGAGCAAAACGCAAGAGAACCACCGCAACGAGCAACGAGAGCUGGCAGAGAAGAGCGAGGAAGUAGUCGAACUGAGGAAGGCCCUGACCAAGGCUCUCACGCCUAACUUGCCUCGUGGUGGACAACCCCAACCAAGGGCCCGGCCGACAGUCUCUCCUUUCGCAACACCACUUGGUCGACGAGCGUCUUCCAUGCAGUGGAGCCCACAAGCACUGCCUCAGUCGUCCAAGCUUCCACAUGAAGUGCGGCGUGCGGAUAUCUGGAACACUGGCAGCGCCGGAACUCGUGAGAAUCUAAAAUUCGGCGUACCGGGUCAGAUCAAACAUGUUGUCGAUCAGAAAGACCAUGAUAGCCCAGGAACGCUAGAAAGCGUCGCAACACCUUCUGCGCUGAACCAUGCAAGCUCGCAUCGUGUAUUACACGUGGACAAUUUCGCCAAGCACCAUGAACUUCUAACCCGCAAGUCAAGGUCAAUGGCCGACAUGCGAUCACGCAAGGGUGACGGACGCGAGACGGGACCCGAGCAGGAAUCUGCACCAGGAACGCCCAGAUCCAGGCUGCAGGCCUAUGUGGAAGCAGACGAGGGCAGUGGUGGCGAGCAGCGAGGUGGUGCAGCGUGAAAGGGUAGCAUGUACCACGUGGAUGUAGGUGUACGGUGGAUGUACGCGCUGUCAGA